UCGACGGGGACGAGUUCUCUACCUACUACAGAGUCAGAGACCAACAGGCCUCUCCGCCUCCGGCUCCCCCUUCUCGAGCGCUUUCGGCACCGCGGCACGGUAGGAUGGCGGCGGCGGCGGCGGCGGCCCCGACGAGGACAGAGGUGCUGGCGCUCUUCCGGUCCUUACUCCGCACGGCGAAGCAGUUCUCCGACUACAACAUCCGCGAGUACACGCGCCGACGCGCCGCGGACGCCUUCCGCGAGAACCGCGCCCUCGCCGACGCGCCGGCCGCCGCGGCGGCGUUCUCGGAGGGGAAGAAGCAGCUAGAGGUUGCGAAGCGGCAGGCGUUGGUUUACUCGCUCUACGCCCCCAAGGCCAAGAGCGUGAUGGAGUUGAAGGUGCAGUGAUGGACGAGGUGCUGCGCCCUUUUCUUCCUCAUCGUUUCCCUUUCCGGAUUCGUUCCUUUUGUGUGGUGAUGAAACUAUAAACUGAUGUGUUAUUACCUUUGCUGGAUGAUUGACAUGAUAUUGCUUCUUUCUGUGCAAUAAAUCACUAAAUUCUACUGUCA